UGGUCGUUGCGGUGUGCUCAACUCCCGUUCUCAUUGGUCUCUGUUGGAUUGGACAGUGCUCUCUUGUCCAUUCCAACAGGGAAGAAGUGCUUUCUCGUUCAGUACAAUUGCCAAUCGUUCGAACAAUCUAUCUCGAGAUUGAGGUGAGCAGUUGAGAAUGUCAUUAUUUUGUUGAUUCUUUCCCCCCAAAUCUCUAUUUGAAAGAUGAACGAGGAUCACGGUGCCACGAAUUACAUGACGGCGCUGGUCAUGGCUGUUACGGCGAGGGUGGCCGAGGACAAGGCCAUCCUUAUGGAAAGGCUUGAUGCAGCUUCUGGGGAUUCCAAUGACACGCUGUUUGGUUCGAUGGUGGUAACACUACUGUUCGUUCCAUUCAGCAUCUACUGCAUGAUUGUGUUUGUCAUCUUUGGCGUUGAAUGUUACCAAUUCUUUGCCGUAUGGAACUUGGUAUCACGGACAAGAACCAACAACGCAGGAAUCAUAGACGACGUUAGCUUGAAUCCCCGAAGAAAUCAUCCAGUCUAUAGCGAAGACCUGAGGGUGCAAGAUCGGGAACAACGUAGCGAAGCCAUUCGGGAAAAACUUGAAACCAAUGACUUCCAUUGCGAAGAUGACGUCGCAACCACCAAUCAUAGACAUUGUACCAAAUCAACAUGUACAAUAUGCCUGUGUGAAUUUGUAGACAAUGACAAGGUUUCAACCAUUCGAGAUUGCAGCUGCUGCAAAAACAGGGAUCAUCGCAGCAGCACUGGCAACCACCAUCAAGGGAAGUACGGAACCAAUCCACACCUGUUUCACGAUCACUGUCUGACGCAAUGGCUAGAGGAGUCCCCGUCCUGUCCAUACUGCAGAGAUCAAAUACUCCCGCCAUUAGAAAAGGAGAAGGGGAUUGGCCGUGGCACCGUGCAACUUUCAGAGUCUUUGGAACUCGCCUCGCUAGAGGUCGAGCACUAUCUUUUCAAUGCCUUGACCAUUUUUGGUAGUCUUGUGGCAUCCUCUUAUACCUACUAGCUAGCUACCGGUAUACCUAGAAGAGCUGCAAGUUGUCGCCGUCUCGAGAGUAGCAAACGUUCCGUGUAAACUAAUGUACAUUAAGUUUAGUUUCUCUGCGCUGAAGCCUUACGAGUACACGGACCGAGUGAUGAUGGCAGCCUGGUACUUGAACACUACCUGGUACUUUGAGAAGCAGGACAAGCAGCAGCUCUGCUCCGUCAGCUCUGAACCUACCCAAACCAGAAUGAUGAACAAUACGUGGGUACAGUGUAGCUAGUUUUCAUAGAGAGUUUCCUAGCAAUAAUCUUUUAAAUGCCACUACAGUCGU